GCGGGCUGCAUGCAAAUCGGCUGGUGCGACGCGGCCUUCUCGGGGGACGCCCAGGCCGGGGAUGGGGUGGGGGAUGGGCCGCACUCGUGGGCCUACGACGGCUGGAGGGAGUACCGGUGGCACGACGGGCACUCGGACUGGGGCGCGCGCUGGCAGCCGGGCGACGUGGUCGGGUGCUUCCUCGACCUGGACGAGGGCGUGAUGGGCUUCACGCUGAACGGGAGGAGGGAGGAGAUCGGGAUGGGGGCGGCCUUCACGGACCUGAGGUAUGCGGGGGGGUUGUACCCGUGUGCCUCUUUCAACCGCCGCGAGAAGCUUCAGUUCAAUUUCGGGGCGGCUCGACUCAACUUCGGCCCCCCUCCGGGAUUCAAGCCGCUGGUGGAGGCAGUGCGACAAGUUGUGGUGCAGACGCGAACGCUGAGGGAGGGGUGGAGGGCCCGGGAGAGGGAUGGAGAAGAGAUGGAGGUGUUGGCCGUGGAGAUGUCAGGGGGGGAGGAGCGUGCGGGGCCGGGGGAGAGAGACGAGGAGGCGGGGGUGUCUUACGUGGAAGACUGCAGGGAGG